AUGGACCUUGGUUCCGACGAGUUCCUGGACAUGCUUGCCGGUAUGCAGAGUCGUCGGAUGGAUGACCAGCGGGUUAGUCUGCCAUAUCUGCCAGGCCUUCAGCAUCCGGCCAGGGUGCUCGGCCCUCAUCUCAUGAAACGGCGAAGCCGAGAGUCCGUCGAUGUCAUGUCGGACCACAAGGAUUCGGCGCAGUCGGCUGAGUCGAGACAAUCGGAUGUCGAGCGCCAUCUUACUGACGAAUUUUACGAAGGACUUAUGCGUUGUCAGGUAUGA